UUUCGCCAAACGGUCCGGGGAAGCGACAGGCAAACAGAAAGAACGACUGACGUCACGCCGUGGCGCAAUGAGAAUCGUUCACCAAUAUUUACUUGAUAGAAUGUAUUUAAAUUUUAUUCCGAAAAUUCGACUCUCCGUUUCAGAGUAACUUGUCGAACCCCAAAAGCUGUACAAAUUAGGGCUUGCAGAUUCUCUCUUCGAGAAUUCUGAUCGCAUCGUAUCCAUUUGUCUUAUCGAACUUGGUUUUCGAUACCUAGGGCUUGAAGGCAGAGGAAUCGGAAUCGCACUUUCAGCGGCUCCGUACAGAUUAUCCUCGAUUUCAGAGGCCUCAAGAUUUUCGAUCGGCGUUGUGGUCGAAAGGAAUUUCAGGUACUUUGCAUUUGUAAUUGUUCAAUUCGAGGGGGAAAUGCGGGGAUAUGAUAGAGAUGAUUAUGGUCAGUCAGGCGACGAAUAUGAGGAUUAUGAGGACGAUGAGGAUGGUGAAGAGUAUGAAGAGGAAGAGGAAGAUCCAAAGCCUACCAAGGAAGCAUUGGCAUACCUUGAGUUGAGACAACGCUUGAAAGAACAAUUACGAAAGAAGAAAAGUGGUUCUUCUUUGGCCAACUCCAGUAAUAAAAAGAAGAAGGUCCCCAAUGACAAUUUUGGAUCUUUCUUUGGCCCAUCUCAACCAGUUAUUGCUGAGAGAGUGAUUCAAGAAAGCAAAUCAUUGUUAGAAACCAAGCACCUAACAUCCAGUGCUACCAACUCUGUCCAUCAUAACAAGAAGAGCUCUGGAUCAACCUCUGCUGGAUCGAAAUCUGUAUCAAAUGAUCAGAAACCCAAAGUCAUUAAUGAGGUGCAUGUUAAGAGGAAAGUACAAAAGAUUAAGGAUACAAGAGAUUACUCUUUUCUACUUUCUGACGAUACAGAGCCCCCAGCUCCUACAAAGGAUCGACCACCUCAAAAUGUCUCUGUUCCAAAUUCUGAGGUGCGGUCUAGUCAAAUGGUGACAAAUAAUGGCAGACAUAUACCUUCAUCAAAUAAUGGCAGACCUGUACCUUCAUCAAAUAAUGGCAGACAUGUACCUUCUGCAAAUAAUGGCAGACAUGUACUUUCAGCAAAUAAUGGUAGACAUAUACCUUCAGCAAAUAAUGGCAGACCUGUACCUUCAGCAAAUAAUGGCAGACAUUUACCUUCAGCAAAUAAUGGCAGACAUGUACCUUCAGCAAAUAAUGGUAGAGAUGUACCUGGCCGUCGUGAUGAAAGGAAACUGGUAUCUGUGGAUGGACAGAUGCAUUCUAAAGUGGGGCCCAAUAAGUUGAGUUCUGCCAGUAGAAGACCCGAUGCAACAUCAAUGGACUCUAGAAGACAGCUUGGUAGCAACGGUGGAAAUGGGCCUGGCCGGCCUCAAGAGACAAAAAGAUUGCCGUCUAAGACACCUGCUUCAGCCAUUGAGAGGAAAGCUUCUACACCAGGUCUAAAGAAUCCCAUGUCUGGUGUGCCCAGACCACCUCUUUCAAAGUUGCAGUCAUCUAUUCCAAGGCAGCAGUUGCAACAAAAAAAAGAAGUACGAGAACCUAAUAAGCCCAAAGUGUUACCGAAACAGUCAUCAGGAUUGUCAAGACCUCAGCCACAAAUGCAAAGGCAAAUCUCGUCACAUCCUGUGUCUCAAGCGCGUCCUCCCAAAAAGAAGCCUAUGAGACGGCACCCUGAUGAUGAUGAACCGGGUCUGGAUUUUAGAAGUGAGAUCAGAAAAAUGUUUCGUCAACCAGAAAGAUACGCUAGUGAUGACGACGAUAGUGAUAUGGAGGCGAACUAUGAGGAUAUUAUGAAGGAGGAGAGACGGAGUGCGCUAAUUGCAAGAAGGGAGGACGAAGAGCAGGCUAGGUUGAUAGAAGAAGAAGAAAGGAGGGAACGGAUGACUAAACAAAAUCGCAAGCGUAAGCUCGGUCAUUAGAGUGACCAGCCACAGGGAAGGGAAGUGAAGGAAGGGGAAUUUUUUUCGCCUCACUUGACAAAAAAAAUUUCUUUGGUCAAAUUAAGUCUGACUGCCAUUGUAUUUUGCUCGUGGUAAAGCGGAGUUGAUGUUUUGGGACUAAUUUAUCCUGAAGCUGUAGGAGAUUUUUUUUGUUGCAAAUUCAAAUGUAUUUCUAGUGUCAAAUAAUGUAGAAUGUAGUUUUUUGGGUGCUGGACUUUAGUUUUGCAAAACUCCCCUCCGCCUACUAAUAAACAAAAUGACACUCAAGGUGCGUCGGGAAGUAUUUUCGGACAUAUUUUGGCAACUUUUCUUCCA